AUGGCGAAGCUGCAGCUCACGCACCUCUUUGCCUCGUCGGUCGACGAGGCGCUCGGGUCCUGCUCGGAGCAGGCCUUCUGCGAUGGCUUCAACCUGCCCGCCGAACACGCCCAAGUCCUCGCCCGCGCGCACCAGCAAGCGACCGACAAACUCCGCGGCAACGCGCUGGCGGAGCUCAACCUCAUCAGCGACGAGCACGGCGUCGACGCGGCGCUCGGGCGGCUCGACUCGCUCAAGGCCGAGCGGCCGCUGCUUCCCGACGGUUCGCGCUGCCUGGUCGCCGCUCCAAAGGAGUCGGCGCUGAUGCUGAACGAGGCUGCCCAGCCCGCCCGGAGGCGACACGUGCAGGCGAUGCGGAGCGCGCUGGAGCAGGCGCGAGGCUCGCUCCCCGCCGUUCCUUCGCGAGCCCCCUUUGGGGCCGCCAUUCGGCUGCCCUCGGCUGCCCUCGCCCCCUCGCCAGAGGGCGCCUGCCGCUGCCCUCUCCCACCGGGCCCCGCCCCCGGCCUCCAGAUCGACCAGGAGAAUGCGGAGCUGGAGCGCCAGCUUGCCGAGCAGCGCGCCGCGGUGACCGCCGAGGUGGGCGCGUGCUCGUCCACAUUCCAGCAGACCGCCGAGGCGUGCGAGCAGUGGCGGGACGGCCUGCGCGCGACCUAG